CGUCACUCAAUAACCACUCCCUGCUGACGGCACAGUUAUGCAAAUGCACAAACUCAAUAAUUAAUAUCUUCCCUUUCCCCGUUUCGCGAGGUAUAUAUACUACGGGUUCAUCGUCAAUAUCCGAUCCAAAGAAACCUAAAAGCAUGCCGACUUCGAAUCGGAUUUUGAAUCUUUUCGUUAUCGUUUUCGUUUUCAUCGCCAAGCUCCAUUCAAUCAGCUGCAGCGCAAUUUUUUCUUCAAACCCGUAUGCCCAGCAGCAGCUUGAUAGAAUCUCGAAGCUUCCAGGCCAGAAUUUCAACGUGAGCUUUGCACAUUAUGCUGGCUAUGUUACAGUCAAUAAUGAAUCUGGGAGAGCAUUAUUUUACUGGUUCUUUGAGGCCGAUGAGGACCCGUCUUCCAAGCCUAUUGUUCUUUGGCUGAAUGGAGGGCCUGGAUGUUCAUCUAUUGCGUAUGGAUUAGCUGAGGAAAUUGGACCUUUCCAUAUUGAGGAAGAUGGGAAGACCCUAUAUUUGAAUCCUUAUUCUUGGACUAAAGCUGCAAAUGUAUUGUUUCUUGACUCUCCAGUUGGAGUUGGUUUUUCAUAUUCAAACAUCACCAAUGAUCAACUGAACAAUGGUGAUAAACGGACGGCUGCCGACAAUCUAGAAUUUUUAUUGGAGUGGUUUAAACGUUUUCCACAGUAUAAAGGAAGGGACUUCUACAUCACAGGAGAAAGUUAUGCAGGGCACUAUGUACCACAAUUAAGCCAAGCCAUUGUGAGGCACAACCAUAAAAAUGGAGAAAGUCCGAGGAAAAUUUGUGGUGUUUUUGUCCCGUCACUCAAUAACCACUCCCUGCUGACAGCACAGUUAUGCAAAUGCACAAACUCAAUAAUUAAAAUCUGCCCUUUCCCCGUUUCACGAGGUAUAUAUACUACGGGUUCCUCGUCAAUAUCCGAUCCAAAGAAACCUAAAAGCAUGCCGACUUCGAAUCGGAUUUUGAAUCUUUUCGUUAUCGUUUUCGUUUUCAUCGCCAAGCUCCAUUCAAUCAGCUGCAGCGCAAUUUUUUCUUCAAACCCGUAUGCCCAGCAGCAGCUUGAUAGAAUCUCGAAGCUUCCAGGCCAGAAUUUCAACGUGAGCUUUGCACAUUAUGCUGGCUAUGUUACAGUCAAUAAUGAAUCUGGGAGAGCAUUAUUUUACUGGUUCUUUGAGGCCGAUGAGGACCCGUCUUCCAAGCCUAUUGUUCUUUGGCUGAAUGGAGGGCCUGGAUGUUCAUCUAUUGCGUAUGGAUUAGCUGAGGAAAUUGGACCUUUCCAUAUUGAGGAAGAUGGGAAGACCCUAUAUUUGAAUCCUUAUUCUUGGACUAAAGCUGCAAAUGUAUUGUUUCUUGACUCUCCAGUUGGAGUUGGUUUUUCAUAUUCAAACAUCACCAAUGAUCAACUGAACAAUGGUGAUAAACGGACGGCUGCCGACAAUCUAGAAUUUUUAUUGGAGUGGUUUAAACGUUUUCCACAGUAUAAAGGAAGGGACUUCUACAUCACAGGAGAAAGUUAUGCAGGGCACUAUGUACCACAAUUAAGCCAAGCCAUUGUGAGGCACAACCAUAAAAAUGGAGAAGUCGUCAUCAAUCUGAAGGGUUUUAUGGUUGGAAAUGCGCUAACAGAUGAUUUUCAUGAUUACUUGGGACUCUUCCAAUUUAUGUGGUCUGUUGGUAUGAUUUCUGAUGAGACCUUCAAGCAGUUGAAUGUUUUCUGUGACUCCCAGUCGUUUAUACAUACCUCAGGGCCGUGCGAUAAAGUUCUUGAUAUUGCUGAUGAAGAAAUCGGAGAUAUUGAUAUGUAUAGUAUCUUCACUCCCCCAUGCACAGCCAAUUUUAAUAGAUUUAGUCGCCUAUUAAAACAGAAAAAAAAGGUUGGUCUUAUCAGAAGAGCAUACGAUCCUUGCACUGAGCAGCACUCAACUGUCUACUUCAAUCUUCCCGAGGUUCAAAAUGUUCUUCAUGUUCAUAAAAAAAAUUCCCCGUCCAAAUGGGAAACCUGCAGUGAAGAGGUGAAUGAAAAUUGGAAGGAUACUCCUAUGUCAGUGCUGGAUAUCUACCGUGAGCUUAUACCUUUGGGACUUCGUAUUUGGAUCUUCAGUGGGGAUACUGAUGCUGUAAUUCCAGUUACAUCCACUCGUUAUAGUAUAGAUGCUCUGAAUCUUCCAACGACUAGUCCUUGGCGUGCUUGGUAUGACGAUGGCCAGGUAGGGGGAUGGACACAGGAGUACAAUGGGCUCACUUUUGUGACAGUGAGAGGGGCAGGCCAUGAAGUUGCCCUGCAUAAACCGAAGCAAGCCUUGACACUUAUCAAGUCUUACUUAUCAGGAAACUCUAUGCCAAAACUGAAACAAGUCAGUGAUUUAUAAUUUAUCGCCCGAGCUGACAAUUACAAGAAUUGGCGAUGUAACCUUAAUUCUGGGAAACAAUUAACUGGACAAUGGGCCUGACAUUUGUACUUUGGAAUUUGCUGUGAACAAGAGUUUCGUUCUUACUUUGACUUA